AUGAGUAACAAGUUUGCGCCAUUCGACAGAGUCGACCUCACCUACAAAGUCAUCAAUGGUCAGCAUCUUGAUACAUCGAUUUUAACUCCAAACCGCCUCCAGUCCAAGCCGAGCAGUGAAUAUCCGGUUCUCGUCUAUUGGCAUGGCGGCGGAUUCAUAAUCGGAGACCGCAUGUACGAAGGCUGGUUUGCGCCAUGGAUGAUCGAGCUUUGCCUCUCAAACGACUCAAUUAUCAUCUCCCCAGAUUAUAGACUCAUUCCUGAGUCCAACGCCGCCGAUAUACUUUCUGACGUUGAAGCCUUCUGGCUAUGGCUCCGCAAUACCCUCCCUACAGAAAUCUCCACCUGGCACGCUCGUCCUGACCUUUCCCGGGUCGCAUGCGCAGGAACCUCAGCAGGCGCGUAUCUCGCCAUGCAAUCGUCUCUCCUUUUCCCGCAGAUCUCGCAAAUCAAAGUUAUUCUCUCGAUCGCGGGCUCUCUCUACACCGACAUCCCGCAUUAUAAAGUCCCCGGACCAAAAGUGAUUCUGGGAAAGCGACCGCCUCCUCCGCGAAAGGCCGAGAUGAUAAUACGAGAAUAUACGAAGAAUAUGAAAGAGGGUGUGAUUAGGACGAGUGGCGACGCGGUUGAGAUGUGGGAAUUCCUGACGUGUGUGUUACAGCAGGCUUAUUUGCCUAGAUGGUUGGGGUUGAAGGCGGAUGACAAGCUUGAUGUUAUGAAGAUGAUGAAGAAGGGAAGGGAGGAUUCCGUUGUUCCACCGGUGUGUGCUACGGGUUUUGUGGAUCGGUUAAAAGUGAUUCUGCCGAACGUGCCAGUCUUGUUAAGCCUUCAGAAAGGCGAUCAUGGGUUUGAAGUGAUGCAUACUGUAGAAGAUGAAUGGGUGAAAGAGGGACUGGAGUUUAUGGAAAGAUAUUGGCCUUGA